GAUAAGAGACGGUGCAGCUUAAAUAGGAGUGGAAGGCACGGAGAGAGACAUUCCUCUCUGCAGAGCGGUCCAGAUCAACCUCACAGUCACCAUGACCUUCAACGGCACCUGGAAGAUCGAGCGCAAUGACAACUAUGAGAAAUUCAUGGAACAAAUGGGAAUUAACAUGGUGAAGAGGAAGCUGGCUUCUCAUGACAACCUCACGAUAACCAUCGAACAGACUGGGGAAAAGUUUCAUAUCAAGGAGAGCAGCAAAUUCCGUAACCUUGAGUUGGACUUCACCCUGGGGGUCACCUUUGAGUACAGCCUUGCAGAUGGGACUGAGGUGUCGGGUGCUUGGACCAUGGAGGGUGACAUGUUAAAAGGGGUUUUCAACAGAAAGGACAAUGGGAAAGUCUUGACAACAACCAGAAUCGUCCAAGGAGAUGAACUCACCCAGACCUACAACUACGAAGGCGUGGAUGCAAAGAGGAUUUUCAAGAGGAGUUAGACCAAGCAGCUCUACGAAGCUAAACUGAGAGAUGUUUGUUUAAUCUCAGAAUUACUUACAUUAUUGGGAUGAAUUGUAAACUACUUAAACUGCAAAAGGUGCUUGAUUUGUGAUGCAUUUUUAUACCUGCACAAAUAAAGUCAUGUGUCUAUUUUAA